AUACCAUCCACCACCACGGCCGGCAACCACACACACCUCACCGUCGCCGGCCGGUGCAAGCAAGCAAGCAGCACUCACACAGUCUCAUCGAUCACUCUCUAGCUCGAGCUCUAGGUCUAGCUCCGGUCGCCGGCGAUGACGGUGGCGGCGGCGGGGGGCGGCGGCGGGCGGAGGUACGCGCUGCUGCUGGCGCUGAAGGACUCGGAGUACGCCAGGAAGGUGUACGGCGGGUACGGCAACGUCUUCAUGGCCGCGCUCGGCGGCGGCGGCGAGAGGUGGGACUGCUUCCGCGUGGUCGACGGCGAGUUCCCGGCGGCGGAGGAGCUGGGCCUGUACGAUGGGUUCGUGGUGAGCGGCAGCCCGCACGACGCGUACGGCGACGACCGCUGGAUCCUCCGCCUCUGCUCCCUCCUCCGGACGCUCCACGCCAUGAACAAGCGCCUCCUCGGCAUCUGCUUCGGCCACCAGGUAUUGUGCCGAGCAUUGGGUGGUAGGGUGGGAAAGGCACGUGGUGGAUGGGACAUUGGGGUGAAGAAGGUGACCUUUGUGCCUGGACUCCAGCUGUUUGGGGAUCUAGAGGAACUUCCUCAGAGUGCCUCCAUUAUCGAAGUUCACCAGGAUGAGGUUUGGGAGGUGCCACCGAGGGGUAGGGUGUUGGCCUACUCGGAGAAGACGAGAGUGGAGAUGUUCGGCGUGGGAGACCAUGUGCUGGGCAUCCAGGGCCACCCGGAGUACACCACCGACAUCCUCCACAGCCUCAUCCACCGUCUUGUCAAUGACCACACCAUCACGAGAAGCAUAGGCGAGGAGGCCCAGCGAACGACGGAGGGCGGCGAGCCGGACCGUGAGUUUUGGACGUCGUUGUGCAAGGGAUUUUUGAGGGGACCGUCGACGCCCGCCAUUGCUACGCCUACCGUCGAGAUCGACGUGCCUUCGCCGGAGAUGACCAUGAGCUAUAGCCAUGUCGCCGGCGGCCACUUCGCCGCCGCCGCCACUGUCGCCUUGUAGCAACUUUAUUGGCGAAGAAGAAUCACAUGUGAGCAACAGGCCGGAGGGACAGCUGGCAACCAUUGCAUGCAGCUCGAAUUAAGAGAGGCUGCAACAUUAUCCUCUCUUUGUGACAACUCGCAUGAGAUCGAUCUCCUAAUAACAUUCUCAAUCCAAUGACUAGGACGAUGUACAUAGCAUUAAAUAAGUUGUCAUCUAGAAUAAAAAUUAAUGUGGCAGGUGAAUAAAUGAGGAAAGAGAAUGAAAUCAUGUCUUGCACAACAUUUAAGAUAUUAUGUGAGAUAAGUAGCAUUAAAUUUAAGUGUGGAAUGAUGGUGUUUGCAUUGGAAGAGUAGUGUCUAGUGCUAGUUUCUUGAUGAUGGAAAGUUUAUAGAAAUCAUAUCUAGCGUUAUGAGUUAAAGAAUGCCCUAAAGAGUUUGAGCUUGAGAGAUGAUAAUUUGUGUGUGGACGAUGUGGGCAGAGAUGAGCUAGAUAGAGAUAUGAGGCCUCAAGAGGAGCCUAUCAAUUGAAAUCCUCAUCCUAUGUUAUCUGUGUCUGAAAAGCCUGUAGCAAGAUUUUUUUUGACCAUUCUAAAAAAGAAGAUAUAUUUUUUGGAAUAUCAUAAGGUGAUAAUUUGCUGAUGUUUUGUCCAAUUUUCCAUGUCGGAAAUUGGUGGUUGGUUUUGGUUGAAUCAAGUUGUAUUUUUUUUUGGUGUGAUAGCACUUUUUCAUGGCAGUGUGAUGCCAUGCAUAUAUGUAUUUU